AUGGUGCGCGUGUUCAUCGCUCUUGGUGGUUCCUUGGCUAUGAUGGCUCAGAUGGCGGUAGCCUUGGCCACCAGCGUAUCUUUCGCGAACAACUGCAACUACGACAUCAGCUUAUACGACAACAAGGCCACCGAGACCAUCACAAUGGGAAGCUCCACGUCGCGCGAUCUGGCCGACGGCUUCAGUGGAAUGUUUCGCGAUGGCAUGAACACCGAAGCCACGUUGGCUCAGUUCGCCAUAAGCGGCGGAAAGACCUGGUACUCCAUCAGUACGGUGCCCCCUGGAGCUGGUAGUUGCAACAGCUACACCGAGUGUGCAGCCACCUCGGGAAAGACCGGCUACAACGUGGUCAUGAGUAUCACGCCCGACAUCGGCUCCACUACCGUAAAUGCUGAAUGCACGCCUGUCACCUGCGAUAGCGCCGACUGUGAGGGUGCCUAUCUGUACCCAUCAGACGACACCAAGCUGCACAAUUGCCCAAACAAUCUCGCUAUUAAAGUAACAUUCUGUCCGAAUGGAUCGUCCACGACCAGCACUGUUGAAACGAAGGCUCCAGUUAUUACAAUUACGCCUGCAACAACGAAUGCCCCCGUUGCUGCAGAGACCCCAACAAUCACACCCACACCUGCAGUCACCGCGGAGUCUUCGUCCUCAGCCUCGACAGCCAGCACUGAUACCUCAACUCCAGCUACGUUAGCCACACCUAGCGGUAAGGGAGACUUCUCAAGUGCUACCAUUCGCUCCAGCUUCGUGUACAGCGGUGCGAAUGCUGGUUCAGCUGCUGGCACCUAUGGCAAGGUGACGGAAAUGACCACGUGUACGACCGAGGACGUUUCAGUGAGCGACCCUGUCGGUCCCUUGAGCGAAGAAGUGUCCAUGGUCUUCCGCGGCCCCAUGAACAUAUACAACAUCGCUGUGUUCUCGGGCUCGCCCGGCAGCGAUUGGACCAAGGUGUCGUCUUAUGAUGCCAGUUCCGGCACGCAGGACAACAUGGUCUUCAUGAGCAACUUGAACAUUGACUACACCGGUGCUAUCUCGAGCCCUCAAGGCUACGCGACGGCCGACGGGAAGGCAACCGCCCGCGCAUCGACCGUCUUUGGUGGUUGGCUAGCAGAUGCCACCGAUACGUCGGUGAUUGGAGGCGGUCCGUGUUUAUCUACCGGUUGUGAGGUCAACAUCAUGACUGCGACCAACUGUGCCAACCAAGAGGGCUGCAUCGGAUACUACGACGACAUGGGCUUCCACGGCUGGGAUGGCGGCAUGAAGAUGUUUGUAACCAAGGUGCAGAUGCCGGCGAGCUCGACUGCCAACCUUCCCGCUAUCUGGAUGCUGAAUGCUCAGGUUGUGCGUGCGAAUCAGUAUGGUUGCAACUGUCGUGGCUGGGGCGCCCAUGGCGGUUGCGGUGAGCUCGAUAUCUCGGAGGUCAUCGAGACCAACACAGACAAGGACAAGGUGUCCACCCACUACUAUUUCUACGACGGUAUUGUGUCCCCCGGUGGUGACAACUACGCGUCGCGCCCGACCGACUCAGCUGUGACGUACGUUACUAUCUUGGACAACUCCGGUGACGGCAUUGUGAAGAUCAUUGAGAUCGGCUGCGACGACUUUGACUUUUCCGUCGACUCGGUGUCUGCCGAUACGGUGUCGGCGUGGCUGUCCGCACCAGUGAAGAACCUGUUCAACUAA